CAUGGUAGCACAGUCCCUGACCUCACUCAGCUUCAGGGAUGAGCGUCUGAAGAAUGAUUCCCUUGGAACUGGUUCUGGACAGAGAGCCAAAGAAGCUGCCCAGCAAACUUACGAGCACUAAAACUUCCAUUUCAAUGAGUGAGCAGGAGAAAACCCAUGCGCUGUUAAACUUACAACUCCAAAAUGCUUCACAGGAGCAACAGGGAAUGACAAUGUCUACAAUUGGAAAGUCAUCUGAGCCAUGCUUGACCCUGAAGAUUUCCCAUCACCGCCUGAGAAGCCCGUUGCGGCACUCCUGGGAAUCAUCUUCUUUAUCUGUAAAGUCUCCAUGCUGGUGACAGUGGUUGUUGUUAUUCUCGUUUUUCAGGAAAAAAAUGAAAAGGAGAAAAUUCUAGAAGACCUCAGGAAAGCUAACAUUACACAAAAUAACAGUUCAAUAAAGGAACUUUUGACAAAUAGGACUUUAGAAUAUGACAUUCUUAAACAUAAAAUGGAUCAGACAAUAAACAGAUUUCAUGGGAAAGAUAAAACUGCUGCAAAACCUUUGCAAAUUACAGGCAAAACUUAUGAAGGACACUGGACCUGCUAUGGAAUAAAAUGUUAUUAUUUUAUCAUAGACAAUAAAACCUGGGAGAAAUGUAAGCAGACUUGUCAAAAUCACAGAUUAUCCCUUCUGAAGAUAGAUGAUAAAGAUGAACUGGGCUUCGUUCGACCCCUGCUUGGUGCAAAUCACUACUGGAUUGGGCUGUUUUUUGACACAGGGGGAAACAGAUGGAAAUGGAUGGGGAGCGGCACAUCUUCUGGAACAAAGGGAGUUCUGACACUUGAUACACCAUUUGGCUGAAAUGGAAGACCUGCUUUGGGCAGGGUGC